AUGGCCCGUUUGAGGAUGUCAAUGUAUUUCGCCGCCCUCAAGGAGGCACUUGAAAAGCAUGGCCUUCUGGAUGCUAAAGAGAAAAUAUGGAACAUGGAUGAGACAGGUCUUUGCUUAACUGCAAAACCCCCGAAGGUUAUGUCCAGAAAGGGUUCAAAAAUAGUUCACGCAAAAGCCUCUGCAUCCAGGGAACUGUUGACUGUUGUGGCUUGUGGCAAUGCUGCAGGAACUUACUUGCCUCCAAAUGUCAUAGUUACUGGUAAAACUAUGCGUGCCCUCAACUCCUAUGAUACACAGAACGCUCCGCCCAAAACACACAUAAGCGUGUCAAGUACGGGUUGGAUAAAAUCUGGAAUUUCUCAGCUCUGGUUUGAGGAAGUUUUCUUGAAGAAUAUUGGACCAGAGAGACCCCAAAUGCUCGUGAUGGAUGGGCACGAGUCUCACCAUCACGUUGAGAUCAUUGAGUUAGCUAGGGCUCAAAAUAUUGUACUGGUGGAGUUGCCUAGCAAGACUUCUCAUUUUACGCAACCGUUUGAUAGGUCCGUGUUCAAGUCGCUAAAAAGUUCCUGGAGCAGAGAGGUGCACGAGUUCACCGCCAAAACAGGUGUGCCUGUUGGACACCAACAGUUCUUCAGGUUGUUGCGAACAGUAUGGGCCACGGCAAUGACACCUGGAAAUCUCGUGUCCGGCUUUGAAGCGACGGGUAUUUGCCCGUACAAUCCAGGGUCGAUUCCCGACGUUGCUUACGUGCCUUCCGAAGAAGCGCAGGCAGCACAGACGCCCAUAACCCCAUCAAAUGAAGUUUGCGACAUCGCGAUCAUUGGGUGCACUGAAGCAGUUGCUGCUGAUCCAAUGAGCAAGCAGAUCAACGCAGCCAACAGUUAUUCUGAAGGAGAAAUGGAGAUCCAAAUUAUCAUGGACGAAUACGUUGUUGAAAGUGCCUUGCCGGCGUCAACGCUGAAAUCAUACCUUAAACAUUUUGAAUCAGGGGAACACCCUGUAGGCGAUUCCAUGUACACUACAUGGAGGAAAUACAAAGAGCAACCACAAGCAACAAUUUCAUCAUCUGCAAAGGGAGGAUACUUUGUCAUAACAUCUGACGAGGCAUACAAUGAGAAACCUGCAGAGGCUUUAAGCGAUGAGAGGUACGUCAACAAGAUACAAGAAGCUUGUCUCCAGCUCGAGAAGCUUUAG